AUGAAUGUCGUAUUUGAAAGUCUGACGCUGAACGUAACAACGAGAAUAGUGUCAGGAAAGAAAUCCCACGUGUUCCACGACAACAGUAUCAAUGAGGAGGAGGAGGUGGAGGAGACAAAACAGAUCGGACGGCUGAUCAAAGAGUUCAUGAAGUUGGCCGGCUUUUUUGUGAUCUCGGACAUCAUCCCACUCCUGGACUGGACCCGCGAGUUCGCAUGGAGCGUGAAGGCUAUGCGACGCGUGGAUGCCAAUUUCCAUUCCAUCUUGUCAAAUUGGAUAUCCCAACAUGAGGCGGUGCCUGCUGCUACUGCUGAUAGUCGCUGCCAUCAGGAUGUCAUCCAUGUUUUGCUAUCCUCUGUCAACUGCGAUUACUACGAUCCGGUGAUGGAAGAGUUGGAUCGGGAAUUUGGGCGGGAGAGGUGGGUACGAGAGGGAGACAUCCCAAACCUGGUGUACCUUCAAGUUGUGGUGAAGGAAACCCUUCGCCUGUAUCCAUCGGGUCCUCUAAGAGUCCCCCGCGAGGCGAAUGAGGAUUCUUGCAUCGCAGGGUAUCAUGUGCCUAAGGGCACCUGGGUGUUCCUAAACGUGCUAAGGCUACAUCGCAAUCCUGGGACUUGGAAUAGUCCGCUUGAGUUCAUGCCAUAG